GUUAUUCCUAAUUUUAGUGAGGGACAGGUUAACGUUCGUUGGUAGCUAUUAGAUCCUCAAAUUCUCAACCAUAGAAAUAAGUCAAAUUGAUAUUACAAAAUUCAGCUUCUCUAUUCUCCAAAUAUAUAUCCUAAAAUUAGAGAUGUUUCAUUUUUCUAUAUCACGUUGAACCCAUAACAUACCAUCCUUUUUGGCCCUCCUUUACUUGUCAUUUUGUUUGUCGCUUCAUCAUCGCAUGAGCUAGGUGAAAAUUAUCAUAUGAUAGAACAAAACUCUAUUGUUUGAUUGAAUUAGAUAAAAUUUAUAUCGCUGUAGAGGAAUUGUGGAAUGGAAGGAUUGGAUGGGUUAAUAGAGAGGCUUUUGGAAGCAAGAAAUAAUAGGGGCAAGCGGAUUCAAUUAGUGGAGUCAGAAAUUCGCAUCCUUUGCACCAAAGCAAAAGAAGUUUUCCUCAACCAACCAAUCUUACUUGAACUAGAGGCUCCAAUUAACAUUUGUGGUGAUAUACACGGGCAAUAUCCCGACCUAUUGCGUCUAUUUGAGUAUGGCGGGUUUCCUCCAGAUUCAAAUUACCUAUUUCUAGGCGACUACGUAGACAGAGGAAAGCAAAGUAUAGAAACAAUAUGCCUCUUGCUCUCAUAUAAGAUCAAAUACCCGGAGAAUUUUUUCCUUCUUAGAGGAAACCAUGAAUGUGCAUCUAUUAACAGAAUUUAUGGUUUUUAUGAUGAGUGCAAGAGAAGAUUCAGUGUUCGCCUAUGGAAGGUAUUUACAGAUUGCUUCAAUUGUUUGCCUGUAGCUGCAGUGGUUGAUGACAAAAUUCUAUGCAUGCACGGUGGCCUUUCUCCCGAGAUGGAGAGUUUGAAUCAAAUCAAAGCUAUAGAAAGGCCGUUGGAUGUUCCAGACCAGGGCCUCCUAUGUGAUCUCCUUUGGUCCGAUCCAGACACAGAAGUUAAAGGGUGGGGAGAGAAUGAUCGUGGCGUUUCCUACACAUUUGGACCAGACACGGUAGAUGAGUUCUUGAAGAAAAACGAUCUCGAUCUUAUAUGUCGGGCUCAUCAGGUUGUUGAAGACGGCUACCAAUUCUUCGCAGACAGACAACUAGUUACAAUAUUUUCAGCACCAAAUUAUUGUGGAGAGUUCAAUAAUGCAGGUGCACUCAUGUGCGUCGAUGAAACUUUACUUUGUUCAUUCCAGAUCCUCAAACCCAUGAGAGGAAAUAAAUGAAUGAAUAUGUAACAAUGCUUGCUUGCAUGUGAUAGAGCUCAAAUAUCUUUCCCAAAUUCAAAACUGGAACGUGAGAUUUAGCCACCACUUUCGACUUCAUCGAUAGCAGAUGUCAUGGACCUACGAUUAAAAGAGAGGAUUAAGAAAUAAUGAUUAGAUCUAUCCAGAGUCACAAAGAUGUAUAUAUUUCUACUUAGGAAAUAUUGCUUAUUGUUUUAGACAAAAAUUAACAAUUAACCUUUCUUGU